AUGUUGGAUCUUUCUGGUAACAAAUUUGUUGGUAAGAUUCCUGAAUUUUCAAAAUCAAACUCCACCCAAAGCCCACAACCUGAGGCUUUUGAAUUCCUCAACUUAGCUAAUAAUUUUCUCACUGGAUCAAUUCCUUCUUGGAUACAUUCUCUUGAGUUUUUGACAAUUUUACGCCUAGAUGAUAAUAACCUUACUGGCACAAUCAAAGUAUUUCAUUCAAAAUCUCUUCCAGACCUUUCCUUAAGUUCUAAUAAUUUGAAUGGCGAGAUUCCAAACUCAAUAUUCAAACAAGAGGAACUUCAAUCGUUAGAUCUUUCAUACAAUAAUUUGGAUGGAGUUGUGGAGUUAAGCAAGUUUUCUUUAUUAAAAAAUCUUGACCAACUUAUUCUCUCUUUUAACAAUUUCAUGAUUGUGCGCUCAAAUAAAGUUUUCAAUCAUAAUCCUUUCCCUCAACUUGAAUAUUUGAGUUUGGCCCCAUGCAAUAUUAGAGCACUUUCGGACAUUCUAAAGAACAUGAAAAGCCUAGACAGGCUAUACGUUUCCCACAAUAAAAUUCAAGGCAGGAUUCCAAAAUGGCUAUGUGAUUAUAGAACAAGCUCAUUGUCUAAUUUGAACAUCUCCCAUAAUUUUUUGACACAUGUAGAGCGAGUUCCAUGUAAAAAUCUACAGUCUCUAGAUCUUCGCUCUAACAUGAUACAAGAACAUCUUCCAAUUGUUCCACCCUCAUUGGUCGUUCUUUUCAUCUCAAAUAAUAAUCUAUUUGGAGAAAUACCUUCUACAUAUUGCAAUUUGAAUUUGCAUAUGAACAAUUUUAGUAGGGAAAUUCCUCAAGACAUGUUUAAAAAUUUAACUGGUUUGAGGAGUUUGCACUUUAGUGGCAAUCAUCUAGAAGGAUCUCUACCACGCUCUUUGCGCAAUAGCCAAAGUUUGGAAGUUUUAGAUGUGGGAAAUAACAUGAUAUAUGAUACCUUCCCUCAUUAUUUGGAAGAGCUUCCAAUGCUUCAAGUUCUUGUUUUGAAGUCAAAUAAAUUCCAUGGCUCCAUAGAGGAACCUAAGGUUAAAAAUUCCUUUCAAAAGUUGCAGAUCAUGGAUCUCUCUAACAAUGAAUUCAUUGGUCUAUUACCAACAAAGUAUUUUGAGAGUUUCACGACUAUGAUGGAUGGACAUGCCACUAGAAACCUGACACACAUAGGAGAAAACUAUUACCAAGAUUCUGUGAAUUCGGUAGUGAAAGAUCUCUCUUUAAAUAAGCUGGUUGGGGAGAUACCUAGUAAAAUGAUGGAUCUAACACAACUUUUGCUCUUAAACCUUUCACAUAACAAAUUAGUGGGACCAAUAUCUCGUGGAAACCAAUUUAAUACGUUCCACGAAGAUUCAUAUAGUGGAAACGUGGAAUUAUGUGGGCCUCCUUUAUCUAAAUCAUGCAACAAUGGGAUGCAACAAGAUGGUGAUCAUGGUGAGAAAUAUACGGAUCACAUAAUCUUUGAUUGGAAAAUUGUGAUGAUAGGAUAUGGAUGUGGACUAAUUAUCGGGAUAUCUGUGGGCUACAUGGUGCUUUACAGUGAAAGGUUUGAUUAUUGGCUUUACAAAAAGGUUCAAGGAUGUAGGGGUGUGUAUGGUGUGUGUGGUGCGGUGCGGUCGGUCGCCACGGUUUGCCGGUUUAUAGAUGCUCACCCUUACAAGGACGACAAAGACAAAGACUACGUCGUCAAACAAAUAUUCGUCUAA